AUGUCGCCUCCGGGCGUUAGGGACGCGGAGAAAGGGGUUCAAAGUCCUACUCGAACAUCUUUCAAUCUCACAUCUACCUCGAAGAGGUACUUGAGGAAAGCCCUUCUGUCCAUAGUCGCGAUUCUUGUUCUCUACAAUCUUUUUCAUGUUGGCCACAGCACCCACCAACGGAUAGAGUCAUCCACGUAUGGCUUGACGCUCCAGAAACCAGCAGAAGCGCAUACUGGCAGCUUUCUUCCACUGGAAGAGGCUGAGUAUGUUUGCGAUACACAGAAAUUCAAAAUUUUCCCCGAGCGGGAGAAACAUCGAAAGAUAUACGACUUGUUCCUGAUUGGCACCGAGCUUGACUGGCUGGAAAUUCGUCUCAAUGAACUCCAUCACCAGGUAGAUUAUUUCGUGAUUGUGGAAUCGUCAAGGACGUUCACGAAUCAUCCAAAGCCGCUCCAUUUCAAAAACAAUUUUCACCGAUUUGCAAAGUUCGCACCACAAAUCAUAUACCACAUGGUGGAUUUUCAAGGAAUGGAAGAAAACUCGACCUGGGAGAGAGAGCACUAUCAAAGGAAUGCCAUGCUUGACAUCGUCUUUCCCAGCCUUAUUGGUGUUCAAGCACCAAGUCUGGGAGACGUCGUGUUGGUGUCGGACAUUGAUGAGAUUCCUCGACCAUCUACUCUGACGCUUCUUCGCAAUUGUCUGUUCCCGGAGAGAACAACACUGCGCAGUCGUUUCUUCUACUAUUCUUUCCAAUGGGAACAUGAAGGAGGAGACUGGAACCAUCCGCAGGCCACAUUCUACCAAGGCAGUUCCACGAUCAAACCAGAGGAUCUUCGCAUGGGUCGAGGAGACUGGGACAUCGCCAACUCAUCCUGGCACUGUAGCAGCUGUUUCGAGACGGUAGCACAGAUGGACAAUAAAAUCGGCUCAUUUUCACACACCGAAUAUGAUCAACCGGAGUUCCGAGACCCAGCAGAGAUUGUGCGGCGGGUCCGCAAUGGCCUUGAUCUUUUCGACCGUGAAAGCGAGAAGUAUACUAAGGUGGACUCACGAGUUGAUCUCCCUGCAUACCUGAAGGCAAAUCAGAAGAAGUUCUCGUUCAUGAUUGACCGAGACCCGCUGAAUGCAAAUUUUCGGGACUACCCCUAG